CAGACAACCGUACGGUUCGUAAGGGGUUUUGGGUCGUAAUCCGGUUUUGCUACAAAGGUUCACACAGUUGUCCGAAUUAGCUAGGACAAGUUGUAAAUAGUGCAAUUUACACGCAAUCGGGGAUUCGUCGAACGAAACUGAUUUCGCGAGAAAGAUGAUUUCCAAAGUGCUAGUCCUGUCCUGUCUGGUGGCGGUCGUAAUCUGCGAGUCGAAACUGAAGGUCGACGUGGUCAGCGUUCCGGAGGGAUGUACCACCAAAAGCAAAAGCGGCGACAUGCUCACGAUGCACUACACCGGCAAGCUCACCGACGGGACCAAAUUCGAUUCAAGCUUCGACCGUGAUCAACCAUUCACCUUCCAGCUGGGAGCAGGACAAGUAAUCAAGGGAUGGGAUCAAGGCCUCACCGAUAUGUGUGUUGGGGAAAAACGUAAACUCACUAUCCCACCGGAGCUAGGCUACGGAGAGCGAGGAGCCGGAAAUGUUAUUCCCGGUGGUGCCACCUUGGUGUUUGAUGUGGAGCUGAUCAACAUUGGCGACUCGCCUCCAACCACCAACGUGUUCAAGGAAAUUGACGAGAACAAGGACAUGCAACUCAGCCGUGAGGAGGUCAGUGAAUACCUCAAGAAGCAGAUGGUUGCCGCCGAUGGUGGUCAGGAAUCGGAAGACAUCAAAAACAUGAUAGCCGAACACGACAAACUGGUGGAGGAAAUCUUCCAGCACGAAGACAAGGACAAGAACGGAUUCAUCUCGCAUGACGAGUUCUCCGGGCCCAAACACGACGAACUGUAAAACUGGGACCGAAUCACUCCUGGCAGGCGCGAUCCAAUCUAUUCUCUUCUACAGACGGUUGGACGAGCGAACUCCAGUUGGAGAACUUUCAUAGGGCAAAAUUCCUUUUUACUUUCGGAAAAAGUUCCGCUGUUGAAAUUUACACUUAUUACUGGGGAAGACCACUUUGUGUUAGAUCUUUAUUUCUGUUUUCUUCUCUCGUUGACACUUUAUGAACAUUUUCAUUUUUAUUGAUGUUAAGCAGUAGAUUAUUUAUUGUUUUAAUACUUUUUUUUACAUUAAAAUAUGUUUGCAAACAAUUACUAGGUAACGAAUAGUGAACAAGAUUAAAUUUGUUGUAGGAAAAGUUAUCGCAUAGGAACAAAAAAACUUAAAUUCCAUUUCCAUUCGUGUAAAUACAUUGAAUGUGCGUACGUGUAAUAAUGAAAUAUAAACAAAAAUAAUAAUUUUGAGUUCAAAAAGGUCGUUAUAGGGAAUUGAAUACUUAAUAAAUACAGUAAAAAAAAAACGCUAGUUGAAACACAAGUUAGAUAUGUAACGAAGAUCAAUAUUUUUACUUCAUUUGGAAGCAGACAUCAUACGAUAAACAUAUCACUUCAAGAAAAAUAAAGACUUUUGUAUAGAAAUAA